AAGGUAGCAGCCGUGAGGCCCAACGGAGCAAGCGCCGCCACCCACCUGGCCCUUCCUGGACCCGGCGCCGCAACGCAAAGCGCACGAGGGUUUCCACCGCCGCCUCUGCCUCGCCCUCGCGCCGUUUCCCUUGUUUCAGUUCGAAGGGCUUCCCUUGCGGACCACCCCUCGCAUACGGAGCGCGGCGCCGAGCUCAUCCCUUGUCGGAGCAUGGCCACCACGACGGCGCCGGAGGACGCCGCGGCCAAGGGGGCUAAAGGAGACGGCAAUAUGAAGCGGAACAACGAACAUGGGGGAGGCGGCGGCGGAGGUAAUAAAGGGCAGAAGCGGAAGAAGAAGGAGGUCUUCAUCUACGGCAACUACAGGAACUACUACGGCUACCGGAUUGAUCGUAAUGUUGGUGAAGAUCCUCGCCUUGAGGUAUUCAAGAAGGAGUGGUUUGAAGGCAAGGAUUGCCUUGAUAUUGGUUGCAACCAGGGCUUGGUAACAAUUGACCUAGCAAUGAAAUUUGAAUGUCGAAGCAUGCUUGGAGUUGAUAUUGAUUCAGGUUUGAUUGAGACUGCUAAGUGGAACCUACGAAGGAUAUCUCGAGUGGAUAAGGUGGCUACGAAAAAUGUUAAAGCUCAAGAGUCAUUAAAUUCUCCAUCUCCAAGCUCUCUGGAAGAAGUGGCAUCUGAGAUGUCAAAUGAGAUUAGUUAUAACUCUAAACACCAUGAUCUUUUUCAAACUGUCUCUUUUCGAUGUGAAAAUUUUGUAGAGAGUCUGCACGGAUGUUCAGAACAGUAUGACACCAUACUCUGCUUGAGUGUGACAAAAUGGAUCCACCUGAACUGGGGUGAUGAUGGCCUAAUUACUUUAUUCGUGAAGAUCUGGAGGCUUCUAAGGCCGGGUGGGGCUUUUAUCAUGGAGCCUCAACCUUGGACUUCAUACAAGAGAAACAGAUUAGUUUCUGAGGUUGCCAAAGGAAACUUCAACACCAUCUGUGUAUAUCCUGAGAAAUUUCGAGAGAUACUUCUAGACAAGGUGGGAUUUAGGUCAGCAGAGGUGAUUAUGGGCAGAUUGGUGGGUACCGUCACUGGUUUUGACCGUCCAUUAGAAGUUUACCACAAAUGAUGAAACUGGAUCACGGAGCUCAGAUGCACAUGUGCUGACCAAAUGAUUAUGUGGGGCUUGGAAAUUCUCUCUAACUGAGCAAGUACGACGAUAAAGGCUUUGCAUGGUGCUGGAUUUGCAAUUGCAGAAGGGACUAUUUGGAGGUCAAAGGAUCAUGAUGGAAGAGUAGUGAUACGAUGGUGUGUUCUCUACAUCAAAGUUUUGGGAAUUUUGUAAAAUGGUUCUGUUAUUGUAUAAAAUGGAUAAUGCAUACCCUUAUCCCGAAGGAGAAAAAAGGACUUGCACGAGUAUCAUAUUUUGCCUGCUA